AAACGUAUUAAAAAAGUUUUGACAACGACCAAAUUGACAAGUAAAUGAAAACAUCUGUUGAAUUUCAUAAAAAAUAAACGAAAACAUCGCAAAAAGUCGUACAAAAUAAUCAAAAAUACUAAUAAAAAGGUUAACGUGUAGUUUUCGUUUAAAAUAUUCUCGUAGAAAAAGGGAAAUAUUGUGAUUGCUUUGUGAUAAAAGUUAGGUUAUGUGUUGUUAUGACUCAAGGUGAUUGUGUUCAAUGAUUUGACCGUUUUCAAGCUGUGCCUUUAAGUGGGUGGCCUUAUAUGGGAGGUAGAGAUUACUGACUUUACCUCAGUCUGUUUGUAUUAAGUUUUCGCGAUGGGUGAUCGUGAGGGACCAAGCGGUUCGGGUUCCCAGGGAUCCGACAAAGGUGAGAGGAAUACUCGAUCCUCUGCCCAGCCUAUGCCCACUGGCUCAAGUUACUAUGCCAGUGAACCGAUACAGUUCAGAGUAAGAGGCUCCACAAUUACUGGUGCCUCUCCACCCAAGUUUGUGACCCUGGAGGAUAUCAUGAAGGCAGCCCAUGGUAUGCAGAAUAUGGCACUAGCUCAUGAGAUUGCUGUCGACCAGGAUUUCAAGCUGGAACCUUUUGAACCACCAGACAAUAGCUACCAGAAAUUAGUCAAGGAGACAAUGCAUAAAGCAUACUUUGAUAUACUAAGAGAGCAGCUCAACUCAGAUCCGCCCGAGUACAAGCAGGCUCUUGUACUAUUAGAAGAUGUUAAACAGGGUCUAUUCUCAAUCCUACUUCCCCGUCACACACGCAUUCGAGAGAUGAUUGAAGAAGUAUUAGACGCAGAAUUUAUUCAGCAACAAGCUGAGAAUAAUAGCUUAGACUUCCAUAAAUAUGCUAGCUUUGUCAUAGACCUGAUGGCCAAGUUAGCUGCCCCAGCUAGAGAUGAGAUGAUACAGAAUAUUACCAAACUUACCGAUACUGUGGAUGUCUUCCGAGCUAUACUAGAGACUCUAGAAAUCCUAAAACUAGACUUAGCAAAUACAUUGAUAGCCAUGAUCAGACCCCAUGUGCAACAGGAGAGUGUUCAGUAUGAACGUGCCAAGUUUGAUGAAAUGCUUAAAGUCUCUGAAGAUGGUCUGCAACACACAAAAGAAUGGUUGAAGCGCCACAUAGACCUGGAAGGCCUGAGUCUACCAGUCACAGACAAGAUCAUCAUCAGGAACGUCACAGCUCAGACGUUAGCGAAGGCAUAUCUUGAACUACUGGAGUGGGACUCCUCUAAAAGUUAUCCUGAGACGGUAGCCCUAGACGCGCCCCGUUUCGCGGAGCUGGGCACGCAGGUGUACCGGCUGGUGUGUACAGCGUCGCUGAUGCUGGCCAGCCCCGCCUGCGGCAGCGACCCGGCCGCCGCCGCCGCCCACAAACAGGCCCUCAAGGAGAAGAUACUCAUCCUCAUUGAUAAUACUAGCAAUGAUAUAGAACUAAAACAAGUGUUACCAUCAUUGGCUGAGGAAAUAAUAAUGGUGACGGAACAACUCCUGGAGAAUCUCAAUCAGUCUCCACUGACGGGUGAGACCAAGGAGAUCAUCAGGACACAGAUCUUAUCGCUUGGAGAUCCUGAACAUAGGGUUAGGGAGAUUGUUCGUCAAAGAGUCCUGGAAUUUCUAAAGACCAUACUCGUCUGCGGUGGAGGAUCUCGCCAAAUCCCCGUAGGACUGUCAGCUCUAGCCAGGGAGCUGACAUCAGUGUCAGGAACACUCCUCCGGUACGUAAUGCACAACAAGGCAGUCUUCACAUCACAUUACAUGGACAUCGUGGCUGAAGAACUCAGUAGAAACUAAGCUUAUGUGUAAAUUAAUACUUUUUUAAAGAUUGAAAUGAUGUUUUAAUAAUAAUAACUUUCGUGUAGGGAUGAUGACGAUAUUCUUCGCAUAUAGUUUUUUUUGUUAAUGUCCAAAAAUAGAGUCAUAAUUGUGUUGAGACGAAAAAGUAUACGACAAAGCAAAUAAUAAAAAAAAGAGUCGAUAUGGCGUAAAGGAACACCUCUGUACCCUUAGUACGAAUUUGCUUUACGUUUAAAGUAGUAUAGCGCGUCCGGCGCUCUGAUUAGCCGACUCGAAUAAACCAACCAAUCAGAGCGCUGGACGCGCUCUCGUUUCGAUUACUUUAAAUGUAAAGCCAACUCAUACUAAGGGUACUGUGCAUUUUAUAUUAAGCUGUAACUUAACACUUACUUUGACGCGCUUUAUAACCGUAGUUUUAAUAUUAUGUGUUUAAUAUUUUUACUACACAACUAACGAACAAAUUACUCUUUAUUCGUACCCCGUCAUCAUCCCUAUAGAUCAAUGAUUAUUCACGAAACCUUUCUAUUGUAGUAAGUACAAUAAUUUUAAAUCAAAUUCCAUUAAAACAUUCAGUGAUCAACAGAUUACUUUUCCAAAAAAAUAAUCAAAAUUGGUAGAAUGAAAUAUUUUUAACUGGCAACACAUGAUUGUUAGUGAUGUACCAAUUCGAUCGAUGUUUUCUUACAAAAAAAAAAAAAAAAAAAAAAAAUACAUUCAAAAUGAAUACUUAACAUUUUAACGCAUUUUAACAAAAAAUUUAAUGAAGCACAUUUAAUAUUUUGUACGGGAUAGUGCUUUUGUAACUCCUAACAGUAUUUUCUUAGUAAUAAUAGCCUCAAAACAGUGAUCGUUAGACUGCCUAGACAAAAUGAUAGACACCAUAAGUUUACCAACUUGUAAACUGUUCGUGCUAACCAUUCCUUACCUUUUAAAACAAAAAAAAAAAAAAAUUAAAAAAAGACAACCAUUACAAAUAAUUAAAAUGAUUGUUAUCCGCCUAAAUAACAUAUUACAAUAAAUAAUAUAUCCGACCCAUAAUAAAAUAAUUAUUCUAAUAAUAUAAUAGCCUAGUCAAUUGGUGCUUAACAUAUAUUGUUGAAAAAAUGAAAUAAAUAAAUUAAAAAGUUAAAAAAAUAACCUAUUUACAUUGUGUAACAUUUUCCACAUAUUAAUAUGAAAAAUUACUUAUGAGCAAUAAGUGUGCAUUUUAUAAUUUUCCUUUGCUAAUUUUAAUUUGCACCAUUAUGCAUUUUCUUCUUAGAGAGUUAGUAGGCACCAACCCAAGUACUGGAUUUAUAGCUAGAUAGAGCUGAUGACGGGUCUAUUUAGUCCGUCAGUUAGGUAAUAAAUAUUAGACGCGUAUUUUUUAUUUUGUCAUAUAGGACAAUACUACUUGAUAAAACUAAUCAAUCAUCAAUCAGCAAAUACGUCACUUCUACGUAUAAAACGUACCUACCUAAAAGUGACGUCUCACGAUAUUUCAAAUCAAUAUAUCUUCGAAAGUAUUUGCUUCCGAUAAGAAAAUAAAAAAAUACAUGUCUAAUUUUUUUAAAUAAUAUACAAGACGGGCAUUGAAAUAAAAACCCUAUUAUAAUCCAACCAUUUCAGUUAUAGUCAAUUUGAUGUAAUGAGCAUUGGUACUUUUACCUUAUUCCAAUUUAUAAAGCUAAGCAUUUAGUACCUGUCCCUUAGUACAAGUUUGCUUUACGAAAGCGCGUUCGACGCUCAAAUUGGCCGGCUCGAAUGAACCAACCAAUCAGAGCACCGAACGCAGUUUCGUACUAAGCCCUCAAAUAAAGCCUGAUGAAAGAUGUAGAACGCAGUUAAUAGUAUUAAAAGUAACAGUUAUUUAGUAAAUAAUAACAGAAGUGUCAAUAAAACAUAAAAGGCAAUUUAAUAAAUAUUGUAGGUAGCUACUGGAUGUAUGUCGCUUCCAACUGACUGAUAUGGAUGUCACUUGAGAAGGCUUAGCGUUCAGUAGUGGAUGAUGCUAAUAUGAAUGGUAAAAUAAAAGGCCAAAAUCACUUUGAUUCUAACAAGACUGCAAAAAUUAAUAGCUUUUUAUACGAUUAAAAAUAAUAUCUUAUUGCCUUCCAUUGUUUUGACUUCCUAAGCAAACUUCAAUCUUAUGAGUUUGAAAUUACGUGUCAAAUUGGAAUCUUCCUCAUUUCUGCUAUUGGUAGCAUUUAUAUGGUACAAGUUUAGGCUAAAAUUGUGUUUUUUAUAAGUGUGCAUUUGAAAUUAAGAUUCAAAAUUGUCUGUAGGUAGGUAUUUAUUUAUGAGUUUUAUUCGCGAGAGUGAGAUUUCUUAGUAUAAUUUGACUAAUAUUGUUGUAGCUAUUGCUUGGCGGGAUUCCAUCUAUGAAAUUAACCUAACUUUAUGAACAAACCAUUUUAAUACUAAAAACUAUGUAUCAUAAGUACGGUUUUACUACAUUGGUGAAUUACAAAAUUAUUUUUGUUUAUAUAAUUAAUGAAAAUGUGUGACAAUUUUAUACAGGUGACUCCGAAUAUGAGUAAUACAUAACAAUGUUUGUUCCUUCUAUUUUUAUGUAAUCAAGUGAAUGUUGCACUAAUAAAAUAUUUAUAAAAAUUA